AUGAAGUAAGUUGCAUGUGGAGUCUGCGUGUUUGGUUAAAUAGCGCAAUUUACCAAGUUACUUUCAAAGUUUAGUGUCUUCGUCUAUUAAUUUGGGUUUUUUGCCAUUUAACUGUCUGUGGCAGAUUUUGUUUAUUGGCCAAUCCCCGCACUGCACCUUGACAGUUCCAUUUUCGCCCACAAACCCCGAUCGAGAUUCUCAGUGAUCUCGUUUUUAUAUUAUGAACAGUUAAAGUGUUACGGAAUGCAUACAACUUUCACUACUUUAAAAGCAGAGACUGGUCCUGAGCUGUUAGUUUGUUUAUGGUAGUUGACUUGUGCUAUGUUCAUAUGUGUAGUUGCAUCUUGUUGCAGAAGGGCACCCGGAUUUUUAACAUCUGAUUUUUUAUGUCAGUUCAUGUUACAGACCUCCAGUGUUUCCAAAAGACUGAUUUGCCAAGAACCACAUUGAAUCCGGUGUUGCGUUUACUUCAUUGGUGUAUUUAUGGGGUUCUUUAGAUAUCUGUAUACUUGGGAUUUAAUUUCAUAUGUCUGCGGGUAGUAGGCCUGCAACUUCUGAUGUCUGCGCGUUGCUCUUACGCGCUUUUGUAAAUUCCAUUGGCUUGAAGAUGGCUUGCAAGCUAAUUUACCUUAUGGAAACAUUUUAGGUUGGAAGUUUGCUCGUACAGUGGAUACAAGGUCUACCCAGGCCACGGCAAGCGCUCUAUCAGGGGAGAUGGCCGUCAGUUUUACUUCCUCAGCUCGAAAUGCGAACGGUCCCAUUACCUCAAACGAAAUCCGCGCGAAGUCAACUGGACCGUCCUCUACCGGCGAAAGUACCGCAAGGGUGCAGUUGAGGAACUCACGAAGAAACGCACCAAACGCGUUACGAAGACCGCACGUGCUAUUGCUGGCGCAAGCUUGACAGAAAUCAUGGCAAAGCGCAACCAGAAGCCCGAAGUACGUAAAGCAAUGCGCGAGCAGGCCAUGAGGGCAAUAAAGGAAAAGCAGAAGGCCAAAGAAGCAGAACGCAAGUCGAAGAAGGCCGAGUUGAAGAAGAAGCAGGCCGUUCCGGCCCAACAAAAGCAAAAGGCCGCCAAGAAAGUGAACAAGCCAGCCCCCAAAGGUGCAAAGCGUUUCUAG